AUGCAACAUGAUCUCGGUUGCAUAGAUAUAGAGUAUAGUCAUUGUGGCACACUCCAUUGGUUAGAUGAACGCUUAACAAAUUCUUCAAGAAAAAAUCCAAAAUUUGGAUUAUGUUGUCUAAAUGGAAAAGUUGUCCUUCCUCUCCUUCGUGAUCCUCCGCCUUUUUUACGAAUGCUCUUUGAUGGUGAAGCUGAUUUUUGUUCAAAAUUUCGCAAGAACAUUUGUCAAUAUAACGCAGCACAUGCAUUUACAUCAUUAGGUGCAAAAAUUAAUAUAAGCAUUCUGCAAGGGCAUAAUCCAUAUAGCUUUUACAUUUACAGAGAGCUACGCCACCUUUCGGAAGCUCUAUUAUCCAAUGCGGAUCAAGAAGCUACUUAUGCUCAACUUUAUAUAUAUGACCCCAAUGUUUUCCUUCAAAUAAAAAUAAAAAGCCAUGCAUUCUUUCCAUUUUAUCAACAGGCACAUAAAAUUCUUCUCCAAGCCCAUGAAGACGGUACUGAUGAAGAUGUAGCAAUCUAUCUCCACUACACAAACACGACAGAUAAGCAUUGCUAUAAUCUCCUUACAAUAAACGAGAUAGCUGUUAUUCUACCAGGUGAUGGAUCAGUACCAGAGGCGAUACGUGAUAUUAUCAUUCGAUUGUGUGAAGGUUCACUUGAACGUAUUCAUAAAGGGCAUCCAGCAUAUUUGCCAUUGCAUUAUGUGCUUCUUUUUCCAUAUGGUGAGCUUGGAUGGCAUGAAGGAUUGCGUCAUGCAUUGACAGAUACUGAGGAACAGCAACUUAAUAAUCAGAACAAGCAUUCUCACCUUACACAAAUGAACUUCUAUUCUUUUCGUAUCUUUCUAUGCAAUACCGAAUUAUCAAUGAUCCUUCGAGAUGGAAAGUUACUCCAUGAGUUCAUGGUUGAUACAUGGGCAGCAACAGAGCAAAAUCGGUUAAGGUACUUGUAUAUGAAUCAAGAUAUACUACGUGCUGACAUUUAUCAAGGGCUUGCUGAUGCUGCAGAAAAUAUUACAAAUGGGAAGCUAAUGCCUAAUAAUCUUGGAUGUCGAAUAAUUUUACCUUCCAUACAUAUUGGCAGUGCACGUCACAUGUUUGAGAUCUUUUAG